AUGAACAUACCAGCAGGCAAGGUCUCUGUAGACGACCCGGUGUAUACCUUGGAGGGCCCCGACCUCGAGACCGCCGCCGCGGACUUGGCCGUAGUUCUCCUAUGGACCGCCGUCGCUGGCUUCCCCGUCAAGCUCUCAAAAGCCACCGGGGGCAAGCGCGUCGAGUGGGUCGGCGCAAGCAUAUCCUGCAGGGACGAGGAGAAGGCCGUCGUGGUGACCAUACCCAAGGCCAAGGUCGCGCAACUCCUGGCGGAGACCGAGAAGCACUUAGGUAGGGCCGUGAUUGGAGCUAAGGAACUUCGAUCAUACGCCGGGGCACUCUCAUUUGUGGCUGGUCUGGUGCCACACCUUCGGCCGUUCCUGGCGACGUUCUGGGCAGCCCUUUCGAAGCAUGAUAUCACGAGUGAUGGUUCACCUUACACUCGAACCAGAAAGUUGAUUCAUGUUAGAAGGGUCAGCCCGGCACUUCGUUGGGUAAAGGCGUUGCUGUCUGGCACCGAGACAGUAGAGAGGAUCUUCUACGCCAACCCGCCGGCCACUGACUUGGAGCUGGUGACAGAUGCCUCGCCAUGGGGCAUCGGUGGAGUGUGCCGACGAAAUGGAGAGCCGCUGGCAUACUUCCACAGCCAUCUCCCGGACGACAUCCUCGCCAAAUUUUCAGCGGAAAGGGGGGUGUCAAGCUACAACACCCUAUGGGAAGGCCUCGCCCUUUUGGUAGCUUUCAGACUGUGGUUACCGGCACUCACCCACGGCUCGGUGUUUCGGGCGAAGUCGGACAACCUAGGCUUCCUGAUGGCAUUGUCCAAGGGAAGCGCUAAGUCACCGGCCCUGAACGUGCUGGCGCGGGAGUUUGCUUUUGACCAGGCCACCCGAUGCUACCAAAUAAGGGGGCUGGUCCACAUCGCGGGUGUGUCCAAUGUACAGGCGGACGCACUCUCGAGGUUGAGCGCUCCAGAACGAAAGCCAUUCCCGUCGGAGCUGCUAGCCACCCCUCGCUGUGAGGCGAAGCUGGGCGGCGACUCCUGGAAGGUGGUCCUGCUCUCGGGCGGCCUGUGGAAGAUGUCAGGCAGCCGGACGGGUCAGGGGCAGGAACUUCUCCUAGCCGAUUCCAGGUCGGUGACAUCCGUAGGCCCGGUAGAGUCAAGGCUCAAACUUUGGUGCGAUGUUUCAAAGCGAGCCAGACUCGAACCAUUUCGGCUCACGCCUGAUGGCAUAUAUUCCGUUAUGGGCGCCUUUAAAGCCGCCGGGUACCGGUCUGCAAUGCAGUAUCUGGAUCUUGCGAAGCAGGAACACAUCCAUCGGGGGCACGCCUGGAGCGAACAGCUGGCGCUCGCGUAUCGAGUGUGUUCCCGGUCGUGCAAGCGCGCCCUGGGGCCGUCCAAACAGGCCUCGGCGCUUCCAAUGGACAAAGUCCCGACCGUUACUAGGGACGAGGCUAUGGUCACCAACGGUCCCCGCGACCCAGGGACAGCCACCAUUGUAGCAUCGUGGUGGCUCCUUCGCGAAAUCGAGGCCUCACAUGCCCGAAUCCAGCAUCUUACUUUCGACCAUGAGUCCAAGACGGUAGCCUGGCUCUUGCCUUCGUCUAAAACAGACGUCGCGGCUUUGGGGGCGACUCGAAAGCACGCCUGUUCCUGUGAAGUGCUGAGUCCCCAGCUCUGCCCUUACCAUUCCGUUCUUCGUUUGGUGGGCAGCCGCGGUCCCUUGGAGCCCGUUUUCGUUGACAUCAACGGGGCGCCGCCCUCGAAGGCGGGCUGGGCUGACACCGCGCGCGCUCUUGGCGUCCCCGUUUCUUGGCCAAUGAUACGUCAGAUGUCGCAGCUGUCAGAGCUGGCAAUCGAAGCGGGCCACAAGGACUCACUUGCCAGAGCACGUCGUGAGCUGGAGGCACUUCUCCGGAAGGCUAGACCUUCCUUAGCUAUCCCGGAUGCCGACUGGUGUGAUGAGCUGAUUGGAACGGAAGCGCCGCCGCCGCCAUCUGUGCCCCAUGACAGCUCCGAAAGGCUCAUUUUGAAUCUCUCACCUGGAGGAAAGAUACAUCGGUGCCGAACCGACUUCUCGGAGGUGCAAGAGAUGUUUUCCCUCGGCGCGUCGGACAAACUCGUCUGCGAGUUCCGCGUCGGUGUCUUCAGUCAGGUGGGUGUGAUCCCGGCCCUCUUGAGUUUUCGGAUCAUCUCCGAUCCGAUUAGCAAGAAGAGCGACCUUACGGGCCUCCGACAGUCGCCAGCCUUCAGAUGCGUUGGGGACUGGAGGAAGGAGCUAACGAUCGCGGACGAGGGCGGCCAUGAGGCAGCCGUGGCGCAAUUGGAAAGGUGCGUGGAGACCUACCAGUGGCAGUGGCGCGUAUGCUUCAGGAGUUUGGCAUCGAUGCUGAUCUUCCUGCAUGUGCUCUACUUGAUCGCCCCGGACGUGCAUGCGGACCCGAAGGACUCUCCAUUGCUGGCGUUGCUCCUGACGCCCUUUGUGUCGAACCCCUUGGCCCUGGCGCCAGCCAACUCGCCAGUGAGGCUCCUGCCAGCAGAGGGCGCCCUCUGCUGUCUUCUGGCCAUGCUUCUGGGCAGCCGUGCCCCACUGCCGCUUGCGCUUGGGGUUUCCGUGGCGCACGUUGGCCUCUGGUUCUGGGCGGCUCUGGCAGCUGCUGAGUCUCUGGCUUUGCUGCUUCCGAUUUCGCUGCUGGCACCCUUCUUGUGGGUGCUCGCCUGGUAUGUAGGACAGUCCAUGAAGAUUGGGGAGGUAGGACUACGAGACCUGCGGGGUUUGGCUGAGCCCGACAAAGCGAAGGGCAGCUGA